AUGCCAGCAUCCUUGUCUCCAGUUUCAGUUCUUCCUGUGGAGUCCUUGGCAGACGCAGAGGAGUCUGGAUCACAAGCGCCGCCAGAAUCGGACAAGACCUUUGAGAGUUCUUUCCAGGUCUUGGUAGCAAUGCAAGCCACAAGACCGAAUAUCCUACGAGGAAUCCCUGUUCAUCGGUUUCUGCAACGAGCACCUCGCAUGUGGGCGAAAGGGGACUUCAAGCAGCUUUAUGGGUUGAGUGAGGUCACAACGAGACUCGAUGAAUUCUGGUCCCACAGCUGGCGGACGAAAGCCUGGCUGAAGUAUGUCAACAUACUAUACCUGCACAACAGCCAACCUGCUUUUGUGGUAGGUAUGCUCUGUGCCUCAGCUGCCUUACUGUUUUGCCGGGUUGGCAUCCUGCCAUUUUACGUCGAUGGAGCGCCGCGAAGUUUCUGGUGCAGUGCCGCUGGUGCAGUGGGCUACUACUUGACUCUGCUCCUCUGGCGGCGGAGAAAGCUUGCCUUCCUUGACAUCAGCUGCAUCAAUCCGACGGAUGAUUCGCUCAAGGUAGAAGGCCUGAUCAGCAUGGGUGCUUUCCUGAAGAACUCAGAGUCGCUAUUGGUUCUAUGGGACGAGACGUAUGUCGCCAGGCUGUGGUGUAUGUUCGAAAUAGCCGCUUUCUUGCGCAGCAGAGGGCUGGGUGUGGGCACGGGGAAACGCCUGGUGGUUUGCCCAGUGUUUGUGGGCCCCGCGUUGCUGGUUGGCCAACUGGGUGCCAGUAUCUUCAUCAUAGCCACCCUCAGAUUCAGUCACGCGGGGCUUUACGCGCACCUGAUCUUCCAAGCUGCUGUGGCUUUCCCAUCUUUCUUGCUGCUCGCCUACCUGGUCCUGGCGCACUAUCACAAUGUCGAAGUGGUGCAAGACCAAAUCGGCAGCUUCACCAUGAAGGAUUCUGCGUGCUACUGCUGCUCCCGCGGUCAUGUCAAGGAUGGCGUAGAGAUGAUUUGUGACCGGGUUGUGAUCGUUCGCUGCAUUGAAGCAUGGUUCGGAUCCGUCGAGCACUUUGAGACUGCGGUCCGAGGCGAGGUUCGAAGAGCUAUGGUCCAUCAGCUCGCAAAUAACGUCUUUUCCUACUGGCGCAUUGUGCAAGGACUUUCUCCCAUAAUGUGGUUUCACAUGGAUCUGCUGGCACCAGACUUCACAGUCCACCUAUCACUUGUAGCUUGCACGUAUGUCUUCACCCUGUUGCCCAUCGUCGCUUUGAUUUGUCUUCGCUUUUGCCACGGGCUGCGCAAGCGUUUCCAGGGGAGACUAUGCUGCAAACUACUCCUGUCCACAGUUCCGCUCGCUGUCGGAAUACUGACUUAUGCGAUCUUCUUCUCUGUCGACAAGAUCCUUCUUCCAAGUCUUCUCGACGUCCAAUACUUCCAUAAUGAUCCAGUUCCUCGAACGUCCAUCGUGCUUGCGAUCUCGAGUGUGGCCACAGUCUUGCUGUGGUGGUGCUUACCCUCGAUGUGA